CCGCCAAUCCAACGGAUCUCUCGAAGCUCAACGCCAUUACAGCUUCGCCGAGCUCUAUAUACCCAUCGCUCUUUCCUUCCCCUCCAUCUAUACCAGAAAUAUGCAGUACGGGAUAGUUCACUCUGCUUCCGCCGCUCCGGUGCCGAGAUCGAACUGCGCCGCCGCGGUUCAUGGCUCCCUGGUGCCGCGAUCACUGCGAUCUUGCGGCCUGAGGAGGGAAGCAUUCGGGAACGUAUCGUUGAAAUCUCCGCUGCAUUCUUCCCGGUUAGAUUCACUUCUCUUGAAACCCUCUCAUUUUGAGAAGGUAUCGGCCUUGUCGGGAAAUGGCACUCCGUCUAUUACCCAUGGAUUUGAUUAUGAUUUGUUGAUUAUUGGCGCUGGUGUUGGCGGUCAUGGUGCUGCUCUUCACGCGGUUGAGAAGGGCUUAAAAACUGCGAUUGUUGAAGGCGAUGUCGUUGGAGGAACAUGUGUGAACAGGGGUUGUGUUCCUUCUAAAGCCCUACUAGCAGUAAGUGGACGCAUGCGAGAGCUUCAAAAUGAACACCACAUGAAGUCUUUUGGCUUACAGGUCGCUGCAGCUGGAUAUGAUAGGCAAGCAGUUGCUGAUCAUGCCAAUAACUUGGCAUCAAAAAUUCGAAACAACCUGACUAAUUCAUUAAAAGCUCUUGGUGUUGAUAUAUUGACAGGAGCUGGUAUGAUAAUGGGUCCACAAAAAGUGAAGAUUGGGUCUGAAGAUACUGUGGUAACAGCAAAAAAUAUUAUUAUAGCUACGGGGUCUGUCCCCUUUGUGCCAAAAGGAAUUGAAGUUGAUGGUAAGACUGUUAUAACAAGUGAUCAUGCACUCAAAUUGGAACUUGUUCCUGAGUGGAUUGCUAUUAUUGGAAGUGGCUAUAUUGGCCUUGAAUUUAGUGACGUAUACACUGCACUUGGAAGUGAGGUUACAUUUAUUGAAGCUCUAGAUCAGCUUAUGCCUGGGUUUGAUCCUGAAAUUGGGAAGCUGGCACAGCGAAUUCUCAUCAAUCCACGGAAGAUUGACUAUCAUACUGGUGUAUUUGCCAGCAAGAUCACGCCAGCAAAGGAUGGAAAACCAGUGUCCAUUGAGCUUAUUGAUGCAAAGACAAAGGAACCAAAGGAUAUUCUAGAGGUAGAUGCAGCUCUUAUUGCAACUGGAAGGGCUCCUUUUACACAAGGACUUGGUUUGGAAAAUAUCAAUGUUCAAACAGUGCGUGGAUUCGUUCCUGUUGAUGAGCGCAUGCGAGUCCUUGAUGCAAAUGGGGAAUUGGUUCCUCACUUGUACUGCAUUGGUGAUGCAAAUGGAAAAAUGAUGCUCGCUCAUGCCGCAAGCGCACAAGGAAUCUCUGUUGUUGAGCAAGUUAGUGGGAGGGACCAUGUGCUGAACCAUCUAAGCAUUCCAGCAGCAUGCUUCACUCAUCCUGAAAUCAGUAUGGUUGGACUGACGGAGCCUCAAGCAAAGGAAAGGGCUGAGAAGGAAGGAUUUGAAAUAAGAGUGGCAAAGACUAGCUUUAAAGCUAACACAAAAGCUCUAGCUGAGAAUGAAGGGGAAGGACUUGCCAGGUUGAUCUAUAGACCAGACAAUGGUGAGAUCCUUGGAGUUCAUAUCAUUGGAUUGCAUGCUGCAGACCUCAUUCAUGAAGCUUCCAAUGCCAUAGCUAUGGGGACCCGCAUACAGGAUAUUAAAUUAGCAGUCCAUGCACAUCCAACUUUGUCUGAGGUGCUUGAUGAACUGUUCAAAUCAGCCAAGGUUAAAGUUGACACAUCUAGCCCCGCUAGUGAGCCAAUUGCUGUCUAAAGCUCCAUGGCGAACUACCAAAUGAUUUAGGAGGGACUCACUCGCCUUUGUGUCAUCAAUAUUCCUUAAGGUGAUUUGCGUAAUUAUUCUGGGUUCCAUCUUUUGGGAGGUUCAACUUUUAUAGAAUUUGUACUGGCUUUUGUUGCCAAGUAGGAAAAGAGAAGUUUUGUUUUCAUGUUCUUUCCCAUAAUGUUUUAGACUUUUAGGUAAUAAUCUUUCUUGAGUUUGGCAAUGAGUGAAUAUAUAAACAUGAGGUAAUAUAUAAACUUUUAUUGAUUUUUUUUGAUCUUUUUAGAACUUGUGUUCUUUUUUUCUUUUGCCGCGGAGAUGCCCAAAGCUUAAACUGAUGGCAUAUAUUAUGAAUUUUUAAUUUUUUAAUCACAUGUUUGUUCUUAAUGGUACAUACAUAAAGAUAUAAAGACAUCUCAUGAUCAUCGGUGGGUACUCCGGUAGACGAUAGAAAAACUGAUUUGCCUCUACCGCCCAAAGCAUUACGAAUUGCCUUUUCCCAAAUAUCAAAUUUAUUAGUCUUGAGAAGAUAUUUGGUCAAGGAAUUACCAAGACCUUCAGACAAGUGGAGAUAAUAUAUGGAAGACGUAUCAUGAAUCAAUCUUAUCUUCUUGGCACUUUCGGUGACUGUCAUGACGCCGUUGGAUGUGUAGCUGCCGAACAAUGGUUGUUGGACAGAGCAACGAUAUGGAUCGACAUACGAAGAUAAUUGGACCUGCGAUCAAAGGGAUCUGAAACCUGAAACCUGGAUGAAGACAAAAUCUGGACAAAGACCCGGACGAAGACAAAAUCUGAACGAAGGGACUGCGAUUGGA